UGCACUCUGUCUGACUGAUCACUGAGAAUGUUUUAUUUUUGGAAAUAUAAAAUCACACUAACUUUCACUGGAAUCUGAAUAUGCCAGCUCCUCCUUGCCAAAGCUUUAAAAACCUCCUCUGGUUUGUAGCUGUACUGACCAUUGGGAAUUGGUUAUUCGUACAAGGAAGUGCCCAGGUUAUACCCUGUGAGAUUCAAUGUCUUAAUACAAAUGUGUCUAGCAGCAGACAAGACUAUUUAGAAGACUGUACUAUUGCACCAAAAGCUCCUUUUGUGUCCUAUAUUGGGUCACAUAAUGUAACAUUAAGGUGGAAUCCAGCAAAUAUAUCUGGAAUAACGUAUAUGGUUCAAAGCAAAUAUGUGAACUUUCCAAGUGAAUGGGAAAAUACUAAGACAGUAACAGAGCUUUCCUAUACUGUAAGUGAUCUGCAGCCCUACACAGAAUAUUUCUUCCGAGUCAUAUGGAUCAUUUGUCAGCUACAAUUCUACUCUAAGCCUAGUCCUGCCUAUAAGACCCUUGCAUAUGGAGCUCCUGCUUCAGCACCCGUGAUUGAGAGUCUUCAUAGUUUUAGCAGUAACACAAUAGAGGUCAGCUGGCUUCCUCCACUUUUUCCAAAUGGACCUAUUGUUGGAUACAAUUUGAAACUUUCCGUUGAUGGUGAAAUCCCAAUUCACUUUUUACUGAUUGAGAAGCAACUAUUUCAGUUUUAUGGAACAAAAGCAACAACAACCUACAGGCUUUCCAUCACUGCAGUAAAUAAAGACGGAGAAGGCCCGGCUGCAGAAGCUAACAUUACUACGCUGGGAUCAGCAGUUCCAGAUAAGUCUCAGUGGUUCUUUAUGUCAAGAAAUGACACUCUUAAAUGGUGGGAAAACCUGGAGUAUGAUGUGCAUGAAGCUCAAUGUCUUACAACACGCAGCAAAAUACACAGUGUCUCUGUUAAUGUGCACACCCAAGCAGUCUAUUUCUCAGAAGCCAAUUACGUUUGGUGGAAAGGAGCCACUAACAUGACUGAUACAUCUGACCUCAAGAUCUUUCACAUUGGCCAUGGGACCAUAACUUCCUUAUGUGUAGACUGGUUAUAUGACAAGAUGUAUUUUAUCAGGUAUAAUCAGAUUUAUACAUGCAAUUUAAUGAACUGUACUUCUACUGCUAAUAUUCCAGUACAAGAUGUACAGAAGCCCAGGAAAAUAACAGCUGAUCCAUAUAAUGGAUAUUUAUUCCUUCUUCUGGAUGACGGUAUUCACAGAAUGAAUCUCCCCGAACCUUCCAUCAAUACAAACAUAACUGAACAUAUCAUAAAACAUAAUGACAUUCAGGAUUUCAUCCUCACUGUCCAGUCCAAGAGAAUAGUAUAUGCACGGAGGGUUGAUGCAGAUAUGUUUUACCUGAUGUCUGUUUUCUUGGAUGGCUCCGAUGAAAAACUCUUGAGACAAAUCCAUGAUGGUUCAAUAAAGGGAAUAAAAAGCUUUCUCUAUUUCAAUGACUCUUUAAUGUUCACAGAUGGAGACAAUGUGUGGUAUGAGGAAUUUUUAUUUAAUAGUUACUGGUACAAUGAAUAUUUAGUAACCUGUAACACAGCAGCUCCACCAUCAUCAGGCUAUGAUAACAUGAUAUUAUAUGGAGAGUCUACACAGCCAGUUCCUGUGCCAGGAAUUCCUGAACAUGUGUCAGUGGUAUUUGGAUCAAAAUCAGUUGAAAUUCUUUGGAAACCACCAAAGUUAACCAUCGGAGCCAGUCCUACAGCUUGGCAAAAGUGGAUAUAUAGAGUUUACAUAUUAUCAGAACAUACAUUAUGUGAGAUGAUCUCAAAUAUUACUUUAACUGAAAUAACUGUGACUGGUCUGAACCUAUCUACACGGUAUCAAGUGGCUGUUCAGGCAUCAUCCCCUGCUGGCGAGAGCAAAUGGACAGAACCCGUGGAAGGAACAACUCUGUGUCCAGCUGAUGAGGACCCUUAUUUCCUAGCAGUGGGCUUUACAGGAAUAUGGAGACAACCUUUGGACAUGUUUGGUCCAGGACAGCUCAUCUCCGACAAACUCAGAUAUGUAUCAGAUCUGGAUUGGUACAAUGGCACCAUCUACUGGAGCAAUGAGACAGGACAUGUGCAUCUCUGGAAGAUAGAGAACACCACUGACUUUUCACCCCUGUACGUAUCGGAGAUAAGAAGAGCUGGGCCAUUGACAUUUGAUUGGAUUGGGCAGUGCAUCUACUGGGCAGACAAACUGAAUCCUAAGAUUUACAGAACGUCUCUGAGGACGCAUGAUAGUGAAACAGUGAAGGUUAUCAGCUCUCUGGUGAAGGACUUGGCGGUGGACUCGGUCAGUGCUUUCCUAUACUGGACCACAGGAUACACAGUGGAGAGCAGCAGACUGAAUGGACAGGAUCAUGUGGUUAUUCAGAACUUAACAUUGUCUUCCACUUUACAGGUGGUGGCCCUGACACUAAACCUCAAGGAGGGACAAAUUUACUGGCUUGCUAAAAAUGGGUUGCACAUCAAUAUGUACCAGGCAAAUACACGCUCGGAAGGAAUGUUUGACAUGAAAGUCACACAACAUGCAUCAUGGGGUUAUUCUGAAAUUACCCAACAUGCUUUAAUGUUCCAUUGCAAUCGACUCUUUUGGAUUAAUGGGCAGAAAUAUAUUACUGUGCAAGAAAUCAACCAAAGUUCUUGUACACCUCUGUCCCAGCCUGCAGAAUUCACAAGUUUUACUUUGGGACUGAAUGCUCUAAAACCAUUUCCAGGCAAUUUUUCAUAUGCCCCUGAAGUGAUUCCUGGUAUCAUACUAAGCUCUUCAUUUAAAAUCAGAGGAAAUUAUUCUGAUUUCAUCAUUCAAUGGACAGGGCCAUCAAAUACAGAAUAUGGAUCAUUAUUCUACUGUGUGGAGUCCACAGUGCUACAGGAACUGCUCAGAGCAAGAUAUAACGACUGUCUAACACCUGAAACAUUUACCGAUUCAUUCUAUGCUGUAAAAGGCCUGGAACCAUAUACAGAAUUUGAUUUUGCUGUCACUCCCCACACAUAUUGGGCAAGAGGACCUACCACCUCACUGACUCUCCACGCACCAGAAGAAGUUCCUUCCCCACCUUUAAAUCCUCGUGUAUAUAGUUUACAAAAUGCAAGCAUAUUUAACAGAACAGACACUGGCGCAGAGUUGAGAUGGGAUGCUCCAAGGAUGAGCAAUGGCAUAUUGAUAAACUUCGCGGUUUCCUACAGAGUAAUUAAUGAAAGUACCGUUGGACUAUGGAUUACUGUGAACACAACAGCAUUGUCUAAGUCAUUUAUGCUCUAUGGUCUAAGUCCAGGACUACUUCUUCAGUUUCAGGUACAAGCAUACACCUCUGCUGGACCUGGACCAUUUUCUGAAGUAGCCGAAGCAUUCUUUUCAGGUUAUUUUGAAUUUUCUGCCAAAUCAAAGACAAAGAAGAGUCAAAUAGUUCCUCCUCAGGAAUACCAAAAGUUCGAGAACCAGAAAAUGUGCCAAACUGCUGAUGGAAUCCAUAUGCCCAAAAAACUGACUUCAGUGGACUCCUAUAUUCAUCCUGCUCCAGUGCUAAUCACUACUUCCAUAAAUGGAAUAUCUUUUCAUGAUGUGGACAGAAAACAAACUUUGUGGAAUUUAAAAGUUGAAAAUCUACGGAUGAUUUCCUACAUAGCUCACGAUGAACAAGUCUUCUAUCUGGAUAAUGAUACUCUCAUCUUGAGUGAUUUAAAAUGCCAAUCUACUGUUCUGCUGUUGAAGGAUGCCCUUCUCUCUGGAUGUCAGGGUAUGACAGUAGACUGGAUUGCAAGGCAUAUUUAUCUGCUUGUACAUUCAGAACAGAAUGGUACACAACUUCUGUUUAUUGAUCUGGAGCAAAAGGAGAAAGUCCUAAACCAUCUCAACUCUUCUGAGAUAUCUCCAAAGCUGACCUUUCACUCUAUUGUAUCCUACCCACUGCUGAGCCGCAUAUACUGGAUAAACUCUUCAGAAAAUGGUAACAGACUUUCAUUCUAUGAUAGAAUAAAUGAUACAAUAGUAGGUAUGUUCAGACAUUACAAGAAAACUCCUACUACAACAAGUAAUUGUGACUGCUAUGAGAAGAAUUGCGCACUAGGAACAAUAAUCAGUUUGGAUACUACAGAUAAAAAUAACUCAUAUAUAUUCUUCCUUUGUAACGUAACUGAAAUCUGGUCCUCUGACUUGGAUGGAUGUCAUUGCUGGAAUGUGAUCAGUGUUCCCCUUCUGCCUGGUGCAUCGAUAACCAGUCUUUCAGUUGAUGACUAUUUCAUUUACUGGAGCAUUGAAAAUAUUGAAAAGACAAGUAUUUAUCAUGCAAGAAAAAUUACUAAGGUUCCAUUUUUGCUGCAAACAAGUCAUGAACAUAUUCAGGCUACAGCAUAUAGUACCUCUCUGCAACCUUUCCCAGACAAUGGAUGUCUAGUAUUGGCUUCACGUAUUAAUAAGCCCAUCACACUGAGCGCAACAAAUUCAAGCAUUACAUUGCGUUUGCCUCCAGUUACUUCGGAAGUUAUCUGUCCAUUUAUAAUGAGCUGUACUCCAACAUACACAGUUAUUCAUAGGAAGCGUCUGGAUGCUGACCACAGGUUACCAAACGAUUCUACAGAUGUUAAUAGCACAAGAUUAGAAUUUCAAGAGCAGAUUGCAACAAUCCCUGAGUUGCAGCCCUUUUCAAGCUAUGAAUUUGAAAUCAGUGUGAGGAACUAUUACUCAUUUCUGCUUGAUCAACAACCAGUAGGGACUACAGUCACUGCAAAGACAGCUUAUGGAGUGCCCGAAGCAGCAACUAUUACAAAUGUAACCAUUUUGUCAGAUUCUUCAGUCAAUAUCACUUGGGGAGAACCAACCAAGCCAAAUGGACCCACUGAUAUUAUUCGAUAUCAAAUUAAAGCCAACAAUAUGCCCCCGAGCCCUUCUUAUCCUUUGAGAAAAAGUGAAUUCCAAAAUGAGGUGUUAGCAUGGACUUUAAACAAUCUUCAAGCGGGAACUUAUUAUGAAUUUAAGGUCCUUGCAUUUCACCCAGAUGAAGACUGGUAUUCUGAAAGCAGUGUGGUUUAUGACAGAACAUUUGAUGCCCCAGCUGCCCCACACAAUAUAGUUCCAGGGAAUAUAAGUUUGGUUCUGGAAUGGAGAGCUCCAGAAGUAUCCAUAAAAGAAUACUGGUUUCAACUAAAAGAGGUAACAGGACACAGUUCAUACCAACCAACACAUCAUCACUGCACAACUGGAUCUGUCUACACCUGCACUCUUAUGGGAGUUAUGCCAAAUACAAUCAACCAAGUACAAGCUGUGGUUGUUUUUUUCACUGGAGCCCAGAGCAUUUCUGAUCCCACAAACUUCAAGACAUUAGCUGGUGUUCCUAGCAAACCAGGAAUUGCACAAAAAGUGCCUGGAGAUGACAAUACCAUCCAGUGGAAACCUGCCCUUGAUAAUGGUAGUAACCUAACAUAUAAUAUACUAGAGUACAGGCAGCUUACUGAUGUUAAAGACUUCGUCCCAUGGAAGCUGGCAUACAAUGGCUCAUGUCAUGACAUUUGUGUAUGGAAGUCUAGAGCUUUGGAUGGAACCUUCCAGUUCAGAUCAGCAGCGGCCAACAUGAUAGGUCUUGGAAAUUACAGUGACGUUAGUGAAGAUAUUCAGUUAUAUUCAGAGGAUAGUUCUUUUGAUAAUGUCGGGAUUAUUGUUGGCUCUAUCUUGGGUAUACUCCUUGUACUUGUACUGGUGGCUAUCUUUGGUAAAUUGAAUCAGAAUCGGAAUAAACACAUCCAAAACAUAAAAGACAUAGGCGCUAUACAGGAGGAUAAAGAGCUUGCCAAGCUGCGUGGAUUGUCUAAUGCUGUUGGUUUGGCUAAUGCAUGCUAUGCUGUAAGUACUCUACCAACAAAAAGUGAAAUGGAAAACUUGCCUAACUUUCCUCGAGAGGAUUUAGAACUCUGUGUUUUCUUGGGAAGUGGAGCAUUUGGAGAGGUAUAUCAAGGCAUUGCUAAGAAUAUCCUUGGCUCUGGAACUGGAACUCAAAAAGUUGCUGUUAAGACUCUGAAAAGUGAUGCAACAGAUCAAGAAAAAGUGGAGUUUCUGAAGGAAGCACAUUUAAUGAGUCAGUUUCAUCAUCCUAAUAUCUUAAAGCUUCUUGGAGUCUGCCUUUAUAAUGAACCUCAGUACAUUAUCCUGGAAUUAAUGGAUGGUGGGGAUCUACUUUCAUACUUGCGAGGUGCUCGGACAAACAGUGUUGUUCAAGAUACAUUGUUGUCAACUGUGCAUCUUCUGGACAUGUCGCAGGACAUUUCCAGAGGCUGUGAAUAUCUGGAGAAACUGCAUUUUGUCCACAGAGACUUGGCUGCUCGCAAUUGUUUGGUAUCAGUGAAAGAAUAUAACAACCCAAGUAGAAAGGUAAAAAUUGGGGAUUUUGGCCUGGCUCGAGAUGUGUAUAAAAGUGAUUAUUAUAGAAAGAAAGGGGAAGGACUCUUACCUGUUCGAUGGAUGGCUCCUGAAAGUCUCAUUGACGGCAUAUUUUCCACUCGCUCUGAUGUUUGGUCAUUUGGUGUUCUUUUAUGGGAACUUUUUUCUCUCGGACAACAACCUUAUCAAGGGUAUUCCAAUAUGGAGGUUUUACAUUAUGUGUGUUCUGGACAGAGAAUGGAUUCGCCAGACAAUUGCCCUGAUGACAUGUGGGAUAUAAUGCUAAAAUGUUGGGAACAAAAUCCUACUGGGAGACCCACAUUUUCUCAAAUUCAAAAACAACUUGAAAGUCUCAAAGGUUGCUCUUUAAGAUGCACCAGACCCAAAGAGAGAAGAUUGUUUCUAGAAGGCAUUGAUAAUGCAUGCUUUGAAGAUACAGAUGCCAGUGUUGUGGGUUCAGCUUCAGAAGAAACCUCAUUGACCCUUAUGGAAGCAAGAAAUGUAGAUGGUCUCAAUUAUCUAAUGGUUACUACAUUAGGCAAUGAAAAUGGGUAAAAAAAAAAAUGAAUCUUGAGAAAAGAAUGGUGGCACCAACGAUCAUAUGAAAAAACAAAGCCUUGAACACUCCAUUUGGCUGUGUAGUUUCCAAAAGCCGAAGUAUUUCUAUGUAUGUUAUUGGAAACAAUGGAUGGAACUGAUUCAUUAGAUCAGCGUUGUUAUAAUGGAAUUCUCUGAAAACAUUGUCAGAUUAUAAAUACCACAAUUGAACUGUAUCCAACAGGAACAAUUGCUAUUGUGUCUGAGUUUUUGGUAUUGUCUAUGAGAUAAUAAUUUACUCAUUUAAUAAAAGU